UUUUCACGAAAGUUACCAACGCCCCGAAAUAGUCACAUUCUUUACAACGUAGAGAUGACCUCCCGCGGGGUCAUGUAACACGCUCCAGUUACCACGCUAUGCAACUGUAGUCAGAUUGGUCACCAAACUGGAAGGAAAUAUGAAAAUGUAGUGUAUAUUGGAUGUAAAUUUAGGAUUACUUAGCCGGUUUAGCACACGAUAUUGGAUUUAUACGAACCAGCCUGGCUGUUAUCAUUACGAGGACAUAGGGUAGAGAAAAAAAGGAAUAAUGAGGGAACUGGUUCGUUUAUGUUUACUCCUGGUGUUGGUUCAUAGAUCAGAAGAACAGAUUGCUAGAUUAUUAAGUAACCCAUGUGCUAACGUAAAAACAUGCGGUGAAUGUAUACAGACGGCAAGUGUAUGCGCGUGGUGUCCAGAUGAGAAUUUUCCUCGCCAUUCCUCGAGAUGUGAACUGUUUGACCAUUUUGAAGCGACUGGCUCGUGUCCUACAGAUAAGAUAGUUCAUCCACAAUAUAAACUAGAGUUAGUCAAGAAUGAUGGUGUUGUCGAUGGUGAUAAAGGGAAGCAACCCGUUCAAGUUCAACCUCAAGAAAUCAACCUUAAAGUCCGUCCAAAUCAGCCUGUUGAUUUAAAACUUGUAUUUAAACAAGCUGCGAAUUAUCCUGUAGAUAUAUAUUUUCUGUUAGAUAUGUCGUAUUCAAUGAUACGUGAACGAGAUGCUCAAGCUAGAUUGAUUAGUUUAGCUGAAGACAUGAGUGCCAGUAUGUCAAAAAUAACCAAAAAUUUUCGACUUGGUUUUGGAAACUUUGUAGAUAAAGCAGCUAUGCCUUUUAUUCCUUGGACUGAUGAAAUGUUAACCAAUCGAUGUCCGUUAAAGCAGGGAUGCCGAUAUCCUUUUGAUUUCCGAAACCUACAGAAAUUAACCGAAAAUCCAGAAACUUUCAAAACGAACAUGCGAAAAGCUUUAGAUGUAAUGUCCCAGAGUUUAGAUGAUCCAGAAGGUGGUAUGGAUGGUAUCAUGCAAGUGUUAUCGUGUGAGGAUGAUAUAGGCUGGAGUGAAAGAUCAAGAAGAAUAGUUGUCUACAGUUCUAAUUCCUUAUUUCAUUUAGCUGGUGAUGGAAUUCUUGGUGGGGCAGUAGUGCCUAAUGAUGGUAUGUGUCAUCUAAACGGAAGUGGUAUUCUUGUAGGAUAUGACCUCAAAAUGGAUUAUCCAUCUGUAAGCCAAAUAGCCGCCAAAGUUCGUGAAACGCGUACCAAUGUUAUAUUUGCCGUCAUGGAAAACGUGUAUAAUCUGCAUGAAAAACUGGUAAAGAGACUAGAGGGGGCCACCAUAGGAAAAUUGGUGGGUGGAUCAGCCAACAUUAUUGGCUUAGUGCAGAAAAACUAUGAUACACUUCGCUCAAGAAUCGAAUUUUUACCAAAGAAUUCAGAAAAUAUCACAAUAGAUUUCAAAUCAAAAUGUAAAGGGUCGGCAUUAGUUGUUACUAAUAAGUGUGAAGGUUUAGAAAUUGGUGAUGAGGUGGAGUUCGAGGUAACAUUAAAUGUUAACAACUGUGCCGGUAACCGUAAGAGGUCUGUUGAAAUCAGUGCUGUUGGAUUAUCUGAACAGUUGACUGUUAAUCUUGAUGUUAUCUGUGAUUGUGAAUGUGAAAAACCCGGACAAGAGGAGAGGAAUAGUCCUAAAUGUUUCAACGGUAAUGGUACGUUUGAAUGCGGUCAAUGUACUUGUAACAAAGGUCGCUAUGGUAGAGAGUGUGAAUGCGAUGAGACGGAAUUAUCCAGUACACAAUCACUUAUCAAUUGUAAAUCAAAUGUAAAUUCUAGUAUUGUAUGUUCUCAACAUGGUGACUGUGUAUGUGGAGAAUGUCAGUGUUAUCCUAUUAGAGCUAACAGUGCUAGAAUAUAUUCAGGAAGAUAUUGUGAAUGUAAUGACUAUAACUGUUAUUAUUCAUUUGGACAGAUUUGUGGUGGUACAACACGUGGUGUAUGUAAAUGUGGUCAGUGCCAAUGUUUACCGGGAUAUACAGGAGAAGAUUGUGGUUGUUCAACUAAAAAUGAGACAUGUAUAGCACUUAAUGGCGAAAUAUGUAAUGGUCAAGGUGAAUGUGAAUGUGGAAGAUGUCAAUGUAGCAAAGAGGGGGAUUAUAGGGGUCCUACAUGUGAAGAUUGUCCAGGAUGUCCAACUAAAUGUGCUAUUUAUAAAGGUUGUGCUAUGUGUAAAGGAUUUGGUGAUGGAGGCUAUAAUAGUUCAUACUGUAGAGAUCAUUGUAAAUUUGUUACAGCUGUCAAUAGCUUACCUGAAAGAGGUUCAGACCCUGACGUAACCCAUUGUAUACAUAGAUCGGCAGUCACAGAUUGUAUACGUAAAUAUACAUAUCAAUAUAAUGAUAUAGAUCCUGUCAUUAAAGUACAAAGAUUAGAAGAAUGUCCAAAAGAAUUUCCGGUCCUGCCAGUAGCAUUGGGAAUAGUUGGAGCCAUUUUAUUAUUCGGUAUUAUCGCCCUUAUUAUUUUCUGGUGCUUAAAACGACGCUCAGAAGCUAAAGAGUUUGCGCAGUUUAAAAAGGAUCAAGAACGAGCAAGAUGGCAAUCGGAUGAGAAUCCCAUCUACAAAGAUCCAACUACACAUAUUCAAAAUCCAACCUAUAGUGGCGGGAAGAAAAAUGAGUAAAGAAGAUGGCUGUCGCAAGAUGGCCGGCAUAUUUGUUAAACUGUUAUCAUUCCAGCAUCAUAUUAUUAGACACAUUCUAAGAAGUUCGUUGUGUUUAUCUUUUCUGUUGUUUUAGAAUUUCAUUUUCUUAUUUUGUUCAAACUUUUAAGAUUUUUUUGUCCGACCAAAACAUCUUAUGAGUUGACACUGUAAAUGAACACCGCUGUAAAGGGAGUUGUGUCCCUUGGCAUUAGUAACUGUGUUGUUGAAAUUGCCGCGAGAUCGCACUUAUGUAAACUGCAUUUAAUUUAUAUCAAUGCUUCCAUUUUGUUCAAAUGUUACUAGUAGGUCCUUUACAAAGUGACAGUUAUCAAUACCUUUACUAUAGAGAUAUCCAAUGUUUAAAGGGGUGACAUCUCAACUCAAUAGUUUUCAUUGCAUUCGAAAUUAAAAACACUGCGUGUAUUUAGUAUUCAAUAUUGGUACAUUUUAAUCAAUAUUGAUGUUGUUAUCUUGCCUUGAAAAUUACAGAUCAUAAUAUCCAAUAUUUACAAUUAUUAAGAUACGAUACAAGAUACGAUACCUCUAUGUAAUUUGAUUGUUAUUUUCUAUUGUGGCCUUGACUUUGUUUGUGUUCUUUUGAUCUUAGUUCAAAUUCUCUUCUUCCUGUUCAAAUUGUGUAUAACACGAUGCUUUCAAUCAAAACAAGUCAGAGGUAUGCAAUGAAUAUUAUGCAUAAUAGUGUACCUCAUAAUUAAUAUUCAUGCAAAAUGCGAUAAAAUCAUGCUGAUGAUUUGAUGUAUCCUGGUCUUUCCAUUGGUCGAAUACGGAUUAUCUACCUUGGUUAAGGAUGGAAAUUAUUGAAAAAUAUGGGCAGAUGUGAUGUGUAAGAAUCUUAAUCCAAAUCGGAUCACAAAUAAACAGUUUUACAAACCCGGAUUUGACUUUCCAAACGACUGGCAUUCAUUGUUGUUAACGUGUGUAUGACCGCCAUUUUGAAUCCAAAGAAUCCACACUACAAUGCCUUUAAGAAAUUUAUGUAUCUGGAUUCGGAUUUAAAAAUGUGUUCAGAACAACAGACUAAGUUAGCGACAGUCAAGCAGGUUUUACACACCAUAGUAAUUCUACAGUAAUUCCGGUAUGAGAACAAUAAUUUAUAGAGUUUUCUCCCAACAUACCAGACCCUUAUCAAAGAAAGUCAAUGCAAAGACCAGGCCCAGUUUGUUUUUUUUUAUUUAAUUUGGAAUUUGUGAUGUGAAUGUUUACUUUGUGUAUAUGACCUUUAAUUAAGUAUUGUGACCAGGUCUUUAGGGAAUUAAAUCUUUAGUAUGUAUGUUAUACUAGUUACAUAAUACCAUGUAAUGUGGUGUACCUUACAAUUAAAUGCCAGGGUAUAUUGCUACAACGCUUACAUAAUGCGUCACAAUUGAGCUCUAUCCGGACAUGUGUACGUGUGUGUGUGCUUUAUGACUUCUAUUGCGAUGAGUUUAAUAACAUUUAAAUGCUUGAAUUUAACACCCCAAAUAUGUAAUUAAUAUUAUCAUAAUGUCACAUGUCGUGGAAGUGAACUGGGGAGCUCGAAACUAUAUUUCAAAAAAAGAACUAUAAAUAUGAUUUUUCUUUUCAAAAUAUUUAAAAGAUCAAAUCCGAUUAGUUCUUAUUAUCAAUGUCCUCACACACAUUUACCGUUUUAGUCAAGCAUGCAUCCGGGGAAUUCAAUUAGAAGGGAUGAGAACCGCAGAUAGCCAUUUGCAUUUUUCAGGCAAUAUCUUAUUAAAAAAAACUGAUUAAAACAAAUUGAUGAUUUAACAUUUAAAUUCAGGCGGAUUAAAACGAGGCCCAUCAAAACGAGACGCUGGCUUGUCCUGAUUAUAUCCCGUUUAUAUUGACAAAUAUUUUUGCAUUAGAUUUAAAAUCCCUCAAAUUAAUGACGACAUGGCCCAUUUAAGGGACUAUUUUGUGCUAGGUUCCCACUAUCACGAUUCGCGCUACGAUUGAAAUCGUGGUGAUCCUAUUAUGUCUUAUCAUAUAUUGUGGUCAGUCAUAGCAAUUGUGUUCAACGUAUCUGAACGUAUCCGAACGGAUCUGCACGUACCAGAUCUUGAACUCAAUAGAGACAAUCCUAUCGUAACGCUUCAUUAGCCCAAUUUAGGAGCAGAACAGUGGGACGUUAAACCCCAUUUCAUUUGCUAUUGUAACGCAUCGCACAACAGUGGGAACCUAGCUUUAUGUAAGAUAAAGGAGGGUAAAUGUACAUUUACAGAUUGAUAAGCCGGACCUCUUGACCACCACCCUAUAGAUAGAUACAAUUGGUCGUCAAUAUCGGGUGCGAUUAUUGCUAAUUCCUUAAACAGACUAUUUAGAGCUCACUGCCAAGUCAAUCCAGCUAACAAAAGUAUUCACACAAAAAGGUUGUGAAUUCACUGUAAAUAUCAUUAUUUUGUAUGUUUUAUAUAUUAUAGAAUUAUUAUACGUUUUUGUUCACUUAUUAAAAUUGCAAUUUAAAUGUUUUCUAUAUUAUAAACGUUUAUGCAUAGAAUAUAUCUGAAUUGUUAAUUUAUGUUACGUUUAAUGUAUGUAUGCUUGGGCUUUAGUUAGUGGUAAAAUAAAGCAUGACUCAUAAAGAGCUUAUUGACUGAUUAAAACGAAUGUUACCGAAUCAUUUCAAAAGAAAAGUUACAAUAAAUAUAUCAUGUAUUUACCAAAAGAAAACAUAACUUAUUGACGGCCAUUUUAUCUGUGUAUAAAGAAAUAUGGCUGCUUUAUCAUGUGUAUGUUUAGAAUUUUAUUUAUAAAAUGAAUCAACUGGUACAUCAGCGUGUUCGAUAAAUUAUUGGUUGAUAAAUUAUUGUCAAACUGAAGAUAGAGAUUUAUAUGUUCCGAACAUACAAUGGAAUCGGGGGUGAGAGCGGGAAUUCAUGAGAAAUAAAUGUUUGGUUAUAAUAAUAGUGCGUUGUCGUUCUCGAGUCAUUGUACUAAGAGAUCGUCCGGUUAUAUUAAAUAUGUACAGCGAUUUCAUCAAACAGUUGGUAUGUUUGUUUGGUAUGUGAUACAUCAGAUCUGAUUAAGGCCCGUCUCGUGGGAGAGUUUUUGUCUUUGGGCAUUGUUGGAUAAUAUGUAUAUAUUUGUACAUUAAUUAGAUAGGUUUGACAGUACAUGUGAGUCUGUGUGCGAUUCAGGUCCUAUUUGCCGUAAUUACGAUUUUAUCGAGUCUUAUUGUCUAUUAAUAGAUCUGACAGUAAACUUGAAUACACAAUAUUCAUGUCGUAUUUACCGUAUAUACGAGUUUUCGACAUAACAGCGCUCUAAUCAUAUCACAUGGCUUACCUAUCUAUAUUUUACAGAUAUUUUGAGUUAUAAAAUGAAUCGACCAAAGCAUUACAUCACCAAUUCUAUACUACGCCAUUUAGUGCUAUAUUGUUUAGCUUUAGAUAGUGAGAAAAAAUGAUAAUAAAUUAUAACCUAUAAUAAAGCAAGUAUUAUUGUUUAUGUAGUAAAAUAUACAAUGUUUGUCAUAAUAUAUUAUCUAUGUGUUUUCUAAUGAUAUUUUUUCGUACAAAUAUAAAAUCAUAUAAGUCUA